AUGGCUCGUGUCAAGAGUUUCUUCGAGAGCCGUCGUGCCACUAUGAUCGCUGGGUCUCUCCUCUUCGUCGUCGCUGUCUCUGCGACUGCGAACCCAGGGGCUGUCAAGAGACAGGCAUCUGCCACUGCGACCAAGACUGGUAUCGACUUUGAGAGCUUGACUAGCUGUCAUAUGCAUGGUCCUACUCAGUUCUGUAUGGAUGGCUCGGACGAGUAUCAGAUCGUUCUCGAGGCAACCAUGACGAAGGAGCCUCCUACUUCGUACACAGACUGCCACAGCCAUGGUUCAGACACAUACUGCAUGAAUCCCAACGGCGGAGAAGUCCAGGUCCUCGUGGAAGGUGCUACAGCCACUUCCAACACCGCCAAAGAAACUGCUGCCGCGAAGGAGAAUGAGAUCACUGCCGUGUCAAAAUGCCACAUGCACGAGGCUUCUCUCUCAUCAGAGUACUAUGUCCAAACUACCAUCACCAACACCGAGGAGUAUCCCGCCCAACUCACGAGCUGCCACAGCCAUGGCGAAGAAACGUAUGCUCCUCUCCCAUCACAGCCAAUUCCCACUUACAAUUUUAGUUACUGCAUGUCCGACGACGGCGAAGCUCCCAUCAUCCUAGCUGCAGAUGUCGAAUCCGGCAAAGCAGACCCUCAAGAAGAACAUUGCCAUUUCCACGCUGGCGUCGAGCACUGCGUCGGCGGUAGCAAUGGCUCCGAAGAGGGUGGUACGCGAGACUGCGGUCGCAAAGAUAGAGACUACAAGAUCGGCAUUCGCAUAGGAAUGUUGUUCGUCGUUCUGGUCGCCAGUGCCGUUGGUGUCUUCGGACCGAUCCUCAUGUCGACCUUUGUCCCCGUUAGAUCCAACAUCGUCCUCACGAUUCUCAAGCAAUUCGGUACUGGAGUUAUUAUCUCGACUGCCUUUGUUCACUUGUUUACCCAUGCGUCUAUGAUGUUUGGUAACGAAUGUGUGGGCGAGCUACUUUACGAAGCUACCACUGCUGCUAUCGUCAUGGCUGGUCUCUUCAUUUCGUUCCUUAUCGAGUUCUGUGUUCAGCGUGCUAUGCGAUGGCAAUUGACCAAGAAGACCGAGUCCGACCCGGAUAACUUGUCACCUAAGGCUGUGGCAAAAGCCGAGAUGGCCAACAUUACCAUCAUGGAGGCUGGUAUCAUCUUCCACUCGAUCCUCAUCGGUAUCACCCUUGUUGUAGCCGGAGACUCCUUCUUCAUCACGCUGUCCAUUGUCAUCAUCUUCCACCAACUCUUUGAAGGUAUCGCCCUUGGUACACGAAUCGCCUCUCUGGGUUAUGGUCAAAUGCCCCUUGCUCUGGGUCACUCCCAUUCGCACUCUACACCAUCCCCAACCAUCGAACGAACCGGAACAUCUGCUGUCCCUCUGUGGAAGAAGCUCGUCCUUGCUUCUGGCUUCGCCGUUGUUACCCCCAUCGGCAUGGCCAUUGGUAUUGGUGUUCUGAACGUCUUCAACGGAAACAACCCUGCUACCUUGAUCGCUAUUGGUACUCUGGAUGCUUUCUCAGCUGGUAUCCUCGUCUGGGUUGGUCUGGUUGAGAUGUGGGCUCAGGACUGGAUGCUAGGAGGUGAACUCACCGAUGCUGGCACCCUUACUACGGUCUUGGCUCUUCUUGGUUUGGUUUGUGGCAUGGUUCUCAUGAGCUUGCUUGGAAAGUGGGCUUAA